AUGUCACGGUCCGGGGACAGGACGUCUACCUUCGACCCCAGCCAUAGCGACAACCUGCUUCACGGCCUCAACCUGCUGUGGAGGAAGCAGCUCUUUUGCGACGUGACCCUGACGGCCCAAGGCCAACAGUUCCACUGCCACAAGGCCGUGCUGGCCUCCUGCUCCCAGUACUUCCGAUCGCUCUUCUCCAGCACCGCCGGCGGAGGAGGUGGGGGAGGCGGCGGCGGCGGGGGGAGCGGGCUUAAUCACCCCUUGGGCGUUGGACCGGGAGUUCAGGACGGCCUGCUUCCGAAGGAGCAGCAGCAGCAGGAGGAGCCCGGUACGCCCUCCUCCUCACCGGAGGACAAGCUGUUGGCCAGCCCUAGGGCCAUCAACAACCUGGUGUUGCAAGGCUGCUCGUCGAUCGGACUGCGGCUGGUGCUCGAGUACCUGUACACAGCCAACGUGACCCUCUCCCUGGAUACGGUGGAGGAGGUGUUGUCGGUCAGCAAGAUCCUGCACAUCCCGCAGGUCACCAAGCUGUGCGUUCAGUUCCUCAACGACCAGAUCUCCGUGCAGAACUACAAGCAAGUGUGCAAGAUCGCAGCCUUGCACGGCCUCGAAGAGACCAAGAAACUGGCCAACAAGUACCUCGUGGAGGACGUGCUGCUGCUCAACUUCGAGGAGAUGCGCGCCCUGCUCGACUCCUUGCCUCCCCCGGUAGAAUCGGAGCUGGCGCUCUUCCAGAUGUCCGUUCUGUGGCUGGAGCACGAUCGGGAGACCCGCAUGCAGUACGCCCCGGACCUCAUGAAGCGCCUACGCUUUGCCCUGAUCCCGGCUCCGGAGCUUGUCGAGCGGGUCCAGUCGGUGGAUUUCAUGCGUACGGACCCAGUCUGCCAGAAGCUACUUCUGGACGCCAUGAACUACCACCUGAUGCCUUUCAGGCAGCACUGCAGACAAAGUCUGGCCAGCAGAAUUCGUUCCAAUAAGAAAAUGCUUUUAUUGGUUGGAGGGCUGCCUCCUGGACCUGACCGGCUUCCCAGCAAUUUGGUUCAGUAUUACGAUGAUGAAAAGAAGACAUGGAAAAUACUGACAAUUAUGCCAUAUAAUAGUGCCCAUCACUGUGUUGUGGAAGUAGAAAAUUUUUUGUUCGUUCUGGGAGGAGAAGAUCAGUGGAAUCCUAAUGGCAAACACAGUACAAACUUCGUCAGCCGGUAUGAUCCUAGGUUUAAUAGCUGGAUACAACUUCCACCUAUGCAAGAAAGGAGAGCUAGUUUUUAUGCCUGUCGGCUUGAUAAGAACUUGUAUGUGAUUGGAGGGAGAAAUGAAACUGGCUACUUGUCAAGUGUGGAAUGCUAUAAUUUAGAGACAAAUGAGUGGCGUUAUGUAUCUUCCCUACCACAGCCUUUGGCAGCACAUGCAGGAGCUGUACAUAAUGGAAAAAUCUAUAUUUCAGGUGGUGUCCAUAAUGGUGAAUAUGUCCCCUGGCUGUAUUGCUAUGACCCUAUAAUGGAUGUCUGGGCUAGAAAACAAGACAUGAAUACAAAAAGAGCUAUCCACACGCUGGCCGUAAUGAAUGACCGACUAUAUGCAAUUGGAGGAAAUCAUUUGAAAGGUUUUUCUCACCUUGAUGUCAUGCUUGUGGAAUGUUAUGACCCAAAGGGCGACCAAUGGAAUAUUUUGCAAACUCCUAUUUUAGAGGGUCGUAGUGGUCCUGGAUGUGCAGUCCUUGAUGACAGCAUAUACCUUGUUGGAGGCUACAGCUGGAGUAUGGGAGCCUACAAAUCUUCUACUAUUUGUUAUAGUCCUGAGAAAGGAUCCUGGACAGAGCUCGAAGGGGAUGUAGCUGAGCCACUUGCAGGCCCUGCUUGUUCUACUGUCAUACUUCCUGCGUGUGUGCCAUACAACAAAUAA